GUGGCUGCCUGCCAAGGCCAAGUCCACGCAUUCGACUCACAGGACCUCGUCGACGUCUACAUCCCAGACGGUCCUGAGACUAUCAUCUACCCUCCCGUCUCCCUCAAACUGUCAUCACCGAUCCAGAUCAAGCGCGAGGAGAUCUGCCUCCAGACCCUGCGCCAGAGCCAGAGCCUGAGGAGAGUGAGGGUGAAGAAGGAGUCUCGGAGUCCGAGUCCGAGGAUUCUGUUGGGUCCGCCUCGCCGACAGCGUUCGCCCCCGCGUCAGCAGUCCCUGACGUAU